UGUGUCGUCGUUCGUCGUGCUGCUGCAGCAACCCACGGCACACUCGCACACGUUCACCCGAACGAGAUUUGAUUCGAUAAUAUGCAUGCAUGAACCGUGUGUAGUAUAUAGCAGCCCCGAGCUUCGCUUCGCCACAGUAAUAUACCGAAAAGCUCGUGCAGUCGAGCGAGUGAGCCAGUUCGUUGUGCGAUACCCUUUUAUCGUUAUCAUGCCGCGGGCCUCGUGUCGCCUACCUGCCGUCGUAUUUCAUGACUCUUGUGCUGUGUUCCAUUGAUCGUUGCACGAAAUUAUAUUGUCCUCGAAAGAUCAAAGAACGAGUGAUCGAAGCACGAUUUCGUAUUGUCCCAGGCAAGAGGAGCAAUACGAAAGCCCACGAACAGUGCGUAGAUCGGACGACGUUGGUGUGCGACGGUGGUGCCAGACAAGUGCUACGGUGCUGCUCGAGCCGACAAGGCCCCGCGGAGGCAUGCUCAACAACAUCUCCGCCGGUGGCUCCAUUCACGCUAUCAGUACAGGUGCAAAAGACAUUCAUGUACAAGACUUGAAACGGCACGAUAAAUUGGACGGCGUCCUGGGAGUCAACCUGGGCGGUGGCUUGUCCGUAGGUGGCGGUCUCACAAUUCCCCAGGACUUGAUAAUGACGAUGCCUAGUUCAGGGAAUCCCUGCAAUGUUGGCUCGAACGACGACAAACCAGCCAAGCAGAAACGCCACAGGACGAGAUUCACACCGGCUCAGCUGAACGAGCUCGAGAGGUGUUUCGGCAAGACGCACUAUCCCGACAUCUUUCUCAGGGAGGACAUAGCCAUGAGGAUCGGCCUGACCGAGAGCAGAGUACAGGUGUGGUUUCAAAAUCGCCGAGCCAAAUGGAAGAAGCGCAAGAAGACGACGAACGUGUUCAGAUCGCCAGGUGCUCUGCUGCCGUCGCACGGCCUGCCGCCUUUCGGCGCGAUGAGCUCGGACUUGUGCGGCGCCGCCGGCAUGUUUCACGCGCCCACCGAUCGAUGGGGAAUGGCUCCAGGUUUGAGUCAGCUGAGCCAAGGCGGAAUGGGAAUGGGCGGCUUCGGCCAGAGCUUGGGCCAGCUCGGCCAGCAGGGCUCGGCCGGCAGCUUGGGCUCGAGUCUGGGCCUCGGCAACAGCGGCCAGCUCAUCAGCAGCCCCUCGCAGACCGUCUACCAAGCCACCUACGGCCUCAACUCGCUCGGUGGGGUACACAUGUCGGCGUCGCGGGGCUCGCCCCCGAGUGGCUCGUCCCUCGGCGGCUGCGGGGGCCAGAGCUCGCCCGCGGGCGGCAACGUCAGCAGCGCCUCGGGUGGCUCGGCCGGGCCCGCCGGGGCCAGCAACAACGGCCAGGCGCAGCAGAGCGCCUGCGAGAACGGCGCCGGCGAGGCCACCGACUGGCGAGGCGCCCACAGCAUCGCGGCCCUCAGGCGGCGCGCCUCCGACGCGACCUCCCAGCAGCAACAGCAACAGCAACAGCAGCAGCAACAACAGCAGCAGCAGCAAUACAGUCCUCAGCCGCACGGGCCACCGCCUCAGUACGGCCACGACAUCGAGUACAGCUCCGUUUAUUGA